ACUGCUGGUAUAAACCCCACCCUUGCGGUCUGGUACGUGUAGCUUCGGGAUGGUCAUUGGCCAAUCCAACGACAAGUCUAAACAUGAACGGGAUGGUGUAGGCUCGCUCACACAGGCCUUGAAGGCACUUGUAAGAGUCGAACUCCUAAACGCUCUGGUCGAGUUUCCAUGGGAGCUCUUUGCUCUUUCCAGCCCGCCCUCCCCCUUUUUUCCCCCAGGUUUUUUGGUCACACCAUCUUUCCCCGCACGUCCUUGGGGCCUUCUGACAAAAAGAUUGCGAUGUUUGUUGUGCCAACGAUCAAGGGCUCGUUGAUCCAACCCCCCGCAAUCACUGAUAAUGAGUUUCACGGUUGGUGAACGGUACAAGUCAAGUUCUCCGCCUUCGCCGCGUCCAAAGUAGCGGCCUGCAUCACGCCGAGGAGUGGAUCGCACAGCAACGGCCACCUUUCGACGUGGUACACCUGGGAUACAAGGCUACACCGGGCUUCGUAUGGCGCCAAUGACGGUGCCGCAGGCCAUGCAGGGCACCAACUCGGUCGUCCUGGCGCUGCUGCCGGGCCAGUUUUAUGGGCCGUUUGCCGGGGCCACGGUGCAUGUCGACGACGUCGCACGGGCCAUGUCUCGGCGCUCAGCCCGGGCGUCUUUGGUGACCGAAGCCACCGGUACACCCUCAGUGGGGCAGCUCUGGUAGGACGAUGCUAUCGGCGUUCCGAAGCGCGGGUUUGAGAUGCGUUUAGCAGGAGGGCUGAGACGACGGACGUUCCACUUCGAAUAUACGAG